AUAACGAUAAUAAGGGGAAGGUAGGGAAGCCGGCGUUUCUGGAGGAGUGGGUGACGACACUGACGUCGAUAUCGGCGGGGGAGUCGAAGUUCAAGGUGACGUUCGACUGGGACGACAGUCAGGGCAUCCCCGGCGCGGUGAUCGUCAAGAACAACCAUCACUCGGAGUUCUACCUCAAGACCCUCACCAUCGAAGGCGUCCCCGGCCGCGGCCGCAUCCACUUCGUCUGCAACUCCUGGGUCUACCCGGCCGAUAAGCACAAGCAGGACCGCGUCUUCUUCACAAAUGAUACAUACUUGCCAAGCAAAAUGCCGGAGCCGCUGCGGCCAUACCGGCAACAAGAACUGCUCAACCUCAAAGGCGCCAACGUCGCGCCGGGACCGCUCAAGGAGCACGACCGCGUCUACGACUACGACGUCUACAACGAUCUCGGGGACCCCGACAAGGGUGCAAAUCAUAUGCGCCCUAUACUUGGUGGCUCCCGAGAGCAUCCCUACCCCCGUCGCUGCCGCACUGGCCGCCAUCCUACAAAAACCGAUCCGAAAUCCGAAAGCAGGCUCCCGCAGCUGAGCCUAGACAUCUACGUCCCCCGCGAUGAGAAAUUCGGGCACCUAAAGAUGUCGGACUUCCUCGGAUAUGCACUCAAAUCCGUGACGCAGGCUAUCCUCCCGACACUCCACACCAUCUUCGACAUGACGCCAAUGGAAUUCGAUUCUUUUCAAGACAUCUUGAACCUCUACGAAGGCGGUAUAAAACUCCCGAACUCCCCGGAGCUCGAGGAGGUUCGCAAGCAAAUCCCCUUCGAGAUGAUCAAGGAGCUGUUCCGCUCCGACGGCGAGCACUUCCUUAAGCUUCCCUUGCCCCAGGUCAUCAAAGAGGAUAAGUUUGCGUGGAGAACCGACGAAGAGUUCGCGCGCGAAAUGCUCGCAGGAGUGAACCCUGUCGUCAUAAGGCGCCUCCAGGAAUUCCCUCCAGCUAGUAAGCUUGAUCCUAAAGUGUAUGGUAACCAAACUAGCACAAUAACAGCAGCUCACAUUCAGAAGAACCUUGAAGGACUAAAAGUGGAUCAGGCAUUAAGGAGCAACAGGCUCUUCAUUCUGGACCACCAUGAUGCAUUCAUGCCCUACCUAAACAGGAUCAACUCACUUGGCCACAUGUUCAUAUAUGCUACCAGGACUCUCCUGUUCCUCAAGAGUGAUGGCACCCUGAAGCCACUUGCAAUUGAGCUCAGCUUACCCCACCCUGAUGGGGACAAACAUGGUGCUGUCAGCAAAGUCUUCACUCCGGCAGACAGAGGUGUUGAGGGAUCAGUUUGGCAGCUGGCCAAGGCUUAUGCUGCUGUUAAUGACUCUGGUUAUCACCAACUCAUUAGCCACUGGCUGAACACGCAUGCGGUGAUCGAGCCGUUCGCAAUCGCGACGAACCGGCAGCUGAGCGUGACGCACCCGGUGCACAAGCUGCUGAGCCCGCACUACCGCGACACCAUGAACAUCAACGCCCUCGCCCGCCAGACCCUCAUCAACGCCGGCGGCAUCUUCGAGACCACUGUCUUCCCCGGCAAGUAUGCCCUUGAGAUGUCCUCCGUCGCCUACAAGAACUGGAACCUCACCGAGCAGGCCCUCCCGGACGACCUCGUCAAGAGAGGGAUGGCGGUGGAGGACCCGUCGAGCCCGUACAAGGUCCGGCUGGUGAUCAAGGACUACCCGUACGCCGCCGACGGCCUGGCGAUCUGGUGGGCGAUCGACGCGUGGGUGAACGAGUACUGCUCCCUCUACUACCCGACCGACGCCGCCGUCCAGGCCGACGCCGAGCUGCAGGGCUGGUGGACCGAGGUCCGCGAGGCCGGCCACAGCGACCUCAAGGACGAAACUUGGUGGCCGAAAAUGCAGACACUUAAGGAGCUCACGAAAACCUGCACCACCAUCAUCUGGGUCGCCUCCGCGCUCCACGCCGCCGUCAACUUCGGCCAGUACCCCUACGCGGGCUACCUCCCGAACCGCCCCACCGUCAGCCGCCGCCCCAUGCCCGAGCCGGGCACCCCCGAGUACGCGGAGCUCGCCAAGGACCCGGAGAAGGCGUUCAUCCGGACCAUCACCAGCCAGUUCCAGACCAUCCUCGGGAUCUCGCUCAUCGAGGUGCUGUCGCGGCACUCGUCCGACGAGAUCUACCUCGGCCAGCGGGACACGCCGGAGUGGACGGCGGAGCAGCGCGCGCUCGACGCCUUCAAGCGGUUCGGGGACCGGCUGGUGGCGAUCGAGAACCGGAUCGCGCGGAUGAACGCCGACCCCAGCCUGAAGAACCGGAACGGGCCGGUGAAGAUGCCGUACACGCUGCUGUACCCAAACACGUCCGACGUGACCGGCGUCGGCGGGCUCACCGGAAAGGGCAUCCCCAACAGCAUCUCGAUAUGAUGAUGAAUCAGUAGUAACAUGCAUGCAUGCAUGCAUGCAUGGCUCGGUGCAAUAAUAAGUGUAGCUAGUGAGAGUUGAGUGUAUGCGUUCUAGCUAGUUAAUUGGGAGGAGAGAUGAGUUGUUAGUGGUAGUUGAAGGCCAUUUGUUUGAUAAUAACAAGGUUCUUGAGUUAUAUAUUAAGGAUGUGUAAGAAUUGAGUUACUUAUAUUUGCUUUAGCAUAAAUAUAUGCUAGCUCUUAAGCUUAUAGUAGGAGAUUGCUUAGCUUC